AUGUCUAUCUUCGCCUCUCUUCGGAAAUGGCUUCAGAGGAAGCAGUACCACUUUGAGCUCAGCCUGAGCAUCUACAUGAUGACUCCGGGGGAGAAGUUUACUUUUUACAGCAUCUUCUUCCUCCUCGCUAGCCUGACCUUCAUCGCCACAAUCCUCUACCUCCCCCACCACAUCUCCUUCCUCCUGGGCCGCGCGUGGUACUACAUCAACGGGGAGAACAUAGACAUGGCAGACGUCGUCAAGGACAUAUCCGCGGGCGCGCUGCACGAGACCCAGGCGACCGUCGCAGCCGAAGCUGUCGCCGAAGCUGCCCAGACUGUUGUGCGGGAGUUGUAG